CAAAGUAUCAGGUCUCUGAUAAGAACAGAUGUCAUUUCAUUUGUUAUUUUGAAAAAUGGCGGUGAAUUUGUUUUGUUAUUGUUGUUAUUGGUGAUACCUAGUGAUGAAAAUAUUUUUUGUUAAAUCGAUUUAACAAGACACUUCUUAGUUUUAUAUUGUGGCACAAGCUAACGUUUUAUAGUUUUUUGUAAUACAUUAUUUGCAACAAUGACGGAAUCAACAAAACCGCCUGCCUAUAUGGCUCAUCUUCUAGAGGCUUUAGGAUGGAAUAAAGGAACCAGAAUUCCUUUAGCCGAUUCAGCGAAUAAAGAGCUAGAAUCCGUAUUGAUAGAGAGACAAACUGAGUUACAGCGUUUAAAAGAAGCUUUAACUUUGCAAAAGCAAAAGCGUGAAGAUUUGAACACCUACAAAAAUCAUGUUCACACCGAAUAUCAGGAGAAUACACGCUUACUAUUUGCACAUAAGCAGCAGAUGGAGCAAGAGGUGAAACUGCGGCAGUUGUGUACCAAUGAGGCAGACAGACUGGACAGAGAUGUGCUGGACUGUAACAAGCAGAGCAAGGAUAUCCAGACUAGGAUUGAUAGGCUUCAAAACCUGAUUACUAAAUACUUGAAAAAGGCUGAUUCUAUGAAGGCGGAGGUAUGUGGCGAACGAGGAGCUCUGGCAGAGUGGCGAGCAGCUCUAGAGAGAUAUGCCUGUGACAUUACAGCCAUUGAGCAGUUCACUAAACAGGAUAUUUCUAAAGCAAAGGCUCUGGAGACAAAGAGACAGAAGUUGAAACUAGAACAUGAUCGCAUGCAUGAACGGCUGGUACAGCUGGUCUCCAACCUAAGUGCUGAAGAACGCGCUUGUGAUAGGAUAUCCGUACAGGUAAUAGAAGGUAUGGAGGAGCGGAAACAAAUGAUGUCAAUGUGGACUGCAGCCGUCGAAAACUUGAGGCAACGUGACAAGGAUAUUCGACACAUUCGAGAGGAUUAUGCAGCACUGGAGACUGAAGCGAACAACUUGGCGGAGCAAUGCCGUGAACAGCAAGCGUUCUGUGACCAGCAACGUGGUAACAACAACGACGCCACCCUGGAGAACAUGGCGCUCGCCACGCAACUCAGCCAGAUACGCAUUGCUUGCCAACAGCUCACGGAUAUCAAUGCCACGCUUGAUAGUGAGGCUAAAAGUCUUCAGCGUGAAUUGAGUAACAUGCGUAACAGUCUAGAGAAGCUUCAUGCUGAGAACAGAAAUAUAACAAAUGAGCAGUGCCGCAAGGACAUGGCCCUCAAGGCGACCGAAAAUAAGAUCAAAGAGCUGAAAGACAAAAUGGUAGAGUCCAUGGAUAAAACAAAAUCAUCAGAGAAGAGAGCUAAAGAGCUUGAAGAUAUACUGAAUGACGAGGAACGCUACGCAAAUCAGAUCACAACGAACCAACAGCGCGCUAUGCAUUGUUCCUUCGUCGAACAACAGAAGCUUCUCGCCCUUCAGAAUGAAGAGAAACUAUUUUUUAUGCAACUUAAAUCGUCUAAGGCAGUCUGCAGUAAGUUAGAAACAAAGAACCGUGGCAUACAGCGACUGCUGCAGUCACAAAAGGAAGCUCUUUACAAUGUUUGCUACCAAGUGGAAACUAUCGGCGCACGCGUGUCUCACAUGGAAGGGGCGCAGGCUGAGCGGGAUUGCUCAGCGGUACUUGUAGAGAGGGAAAAUAGAAUGAAGAAUGUAUACGCUCGCCACGCUGCGCGUGUGUCCCUCUUAGAGCGUCACUCUGCCAAGCUGCACGACGACAUGCGUCGCCUGGCCAGGGAGGUCGAGAGCAAAUCCGCUGAGCAUACCAAACUUCAAAGUCGUCUGAAGACAUCCAUGUUGAACGUGGAGGGCGGCGAGAAGGAGCUGCAGUGGGCGCGGGAGGCGUGGCGGCGCGCGCGCGUGGAGGAGGCCCUCAUGCGCCUGCGCGUGGCCCACGCCAGCCGCGCCCUCGCCGGCCUCGACGACACCGCCUUCAACCUCGACGAGCAGCGACUGCAUAUCGAUGCCGCGAUGAACGAGCGUCUAGUGGAGAUCAAGGCACGUCGUGAGAUGUUCAACGUGCAGAAACGUGCGCUGCUCGACGAAUGCGGCAAGCUACGCAUUGAGAUACGGGAGCGGCAACAACGUAUCGAUCAGCUUAUUAAGAGAUACACUAUAUUUGUGGACUCUUUGGGUAAAGAUGAAUCUGGACAGCAACUUUCCGUUACCUAUUUCAAGAUUAAGUUUGCGGCGGAGCGCGCGGAGCUCCGCGAGCGCGGCGCGGCGCUGGACGCGGACAUAGCGCGCAGCGAGCGCGACGUGUCGGCGCUGGAGGCCACGCUGCGGGUCGUCGCCGCCGCGCACCAACACUUCAUGCGCCACAUCUCGCCCCUCAGCGACGACUCACCUGAAAUGGCAGAGCUGAAUGACUUGCGGAAUCAGUUCUUCCAGCUUCGAAAUGAGCAUCAGUCUCUGCAGGCGAACGUCGAGCGCCUCGAUCAGUACGUUCGUGAUGCUGAAUCACGACUGACCACUGCGAUAGACAAGAGCAAACAGCUGGAAAAUAAGAAAGUUGAGACGGAACAGGAGUUGGAGACGGCUCGCGACCGCAUGGAGCGCCAGCAGGUGCAUCUGCAGCAUGCGCGCGACAUACUCAACGCUAACGCCAAGCGAGCCAUGAAACUUGUCGAGGGAAUGGACGAGUGGAGGCUCUUCCAGUUGGUGCUAUGGAACCGUGACUUCUCGGAGGCAGCGUACACGGCCGUGGUGUCACUCUGCGACCUGGCCAACAGCUGCCCCGAGAUAGCGGCGCGCUUCUCCGCGCUCGUAGUACUCACCGACCUCCAAAAGCACGUGCCCAAGAACAUGCGACGACUGCAGUUGUUGCUACAGAAAAUCGUGGCAGACACACAGUCGAUCACCAAGAAGGAUUCGACCAUAGAAGUAGAAGAAUCUGUGUUCUCAAGUUCGUCAUCAUCAUCUAAGAGCGGCGUGAGUGUCGCCAGCGGCUACACUAGGAGACUGUGCGCCUUUCGGAGACAGCUCGCACCUAAAAUUCAAGAAGACGCGUUGGUUGCUGACAUUGCUGAAGAAGUUCGUCGGUCCACCGUAUCCCUGCGAGUUAUCAGCUUGGCGCUGGACUCAUCGGUUCACGUGGAUAGUACCAGUGGCCCUGCAUCUCGGAAAUCUCUUUUGAAGUAGGUAACACAGGUAAAACCUUAUGAAGAUUCAUACCUAC